CUAAAAAGGUGGGUACAACACAACGACCUUUAUCUCCAUCUUGGGUUUCUUCAAUACAUAAUCUUUUGGUAUAUUGCGCCAUAUAUAGUAGGUGGUUUCGACCCAAUCUUGGCUCGUGAAAUAGAUGUGGCUGCCUACGGAAGUUUGUGCUCUGAAUCCACUGUCCUCUUCAAGAAGAAAUAUCGGGAACACAACGAGAGAGUUCAAGCCAUUAUUCUAAAGGAAAAGUUGCUGAUGUACAAUGUUAAACAAGGCUGGAAACCCCUGUGCGAAUUUCUUGGCUGUGAGAUUCCUGAACGAAAAUUUCCUAGAGAAAAUGUUGGAGACGCGCGAGCCAAAAAAGGUAUAAAGUCUAAGCUACAGCUUGGGACAAUGAAGCUCUUCGUUGUCUUUGCAGCUCUUGGUUUCCUAGCAAGUGUCUUUUACUUGUUGUACAUCAAAUGUGGUACUGUAAUGAAUCUUUCGUGA